AUGUCUCAGAAGGUCCCGGCCUGGAAGCGAUUGGGCCUGAAGCUCAAGGGCUCUGCACCCGACGGCACCACUGCGUCACCCGCAGCCCCCUCCACGCAGCCUCCUGCACAGCUACCCAACACCUACGGCGACUCCUCCGCGUCCCCCAAUUGGAACACCAACAAACGGAAGCAGGUGCCUUCCUCGUCCUGGUCUAAUCAGGACAACAGCAACAGCUACAACAAGCGCCCAAGGAGAGACGAGCCCGGCACACCGUCUCUGAGGAAGCAGAAGUCCGUCUCCUUCACCGACGACACCAAGGGAGGCGCCGCAGACAACACCAACCCCGAGCUCAAAGCCAAGAAGAAGGCCAAGAAGAAGGCGAAGAAGAAUCCCGAGCCCCAGGCCCCAGCUGCUCCCAAAGCUUCCAGCGUUCAAGCCGCUCUGGCCUACCUCCGGCAGUGGGACACCUUGCGAGACUCGUGGAAGUUCAACAAGAACCACCAGAUCCUGCUCAUCAAGUACGUCUUCAUAGGCGACACGAUACCCUCGGCGGACAUCGAGGCCUUCUACAGAUACAUCAGCGACCUCAAGGGCGGGGUGCGGGCACGUCUGCGCGAGACGGCCGAGGAGAUCAGGAAGAAAGACAUGGGCGAUGGCGCGGCCGGGUUUCCGGAGAAGACUCUGGGUAAAGAGUCGAAACAGGAGGAAUAUACAAAGCUAGUCUCUGGCCUGGACGAGGCUGGGGAGAGCACCAAUGCCAAUGGCAAGAGGAUACGCAGGAUAAGCGAGGUGGAAUACGUCUUGCGCACGUCGGACCCGGACAUCAGGAGCCGACUGAUGAAGCGCAUGCGCGCCAAGAGGAUCGCAGACGAGUUGUCUGACAGCGGGGAGAGCAGCGUGUCUGGGACGACAGCAAGCUCAUCGGGCCCCGAGGCCGCGGUCAACGGCAUGGAGAAGCGGGCCAAGCUGAACGACGGAUCGCAGCAGAAACUCAAGCGCAAGAAGAAGAGCCGGACGGCCAUGGACUCCGACUCGAGCAGUUCAGAGUCAGAGUCGGACUCGGACUCGGAUGAUUCGGACGCGGACGACGGCACGUCCAGCUCGGGGUCGGACACGAGCUCCUCUGACGACUCGGAUGACGAGGCCGAGGCGGGCGCUCCGCUGCAGAACCGCGAGGAGACGUCGAGCAGCUCUUCGUCUUCCUCUAGCAGCGGAUCCGAUGCCGAGUCGGCGGAGGACUCGGAUGACGAGUCGGCAGAGGGCUCUGACAGUGACUAG